ACCUGGUUUCCCAAAAACCGCUAUCAAUUCCGAUUCAUCCACAACCCGACCCGGAUCUGAAUCUUGCAUACCACUUUCUAUAUAUAGUAUUUAUAAACCCUAGUGAUUUGUUAAUUCAGUUUACUUUCUAAUUAAUCACCUGAUCAUUCGUUAGACGACUGCACCUACGGAGAGGAGAUCAGAAGAUGGCGAUGAGAUCUGUCGUUUCCCGCAGUGGACUGUGUCGUUUGAUGGAAGGCAACUGGCGAUCGUCUGCUUCGAGCCUUCGCUACUUUAGUGAUGACAAAGGCCGCGUCCUCAGCGAAGAAGAGCGUGCUAAGGAAACCAUGUAUAUUCAGAAAAUGGAGAAGGAGAGGCUGGAGAAGCUGAAGAAGAAGACUGAGCAGGAGAAGGCUGAGCAGGAGAAGUCUGAUAAGGUGAAUUUUUACAGAUUCUUUUACUUAUUUGACUGUUGUGUGUUUGUUUAUGUAUCGUUCACUUGUAUUGAUUAUAAUGUUCUUGUAUGUUUUGGUUUUUGUAGAAAUGAAAGGAAGUCUUAGAAUUUGUAUUAUUAUAUAUAGAA